AGUUUACCGAAAUCCCAGCGUAAUGAAAGGUCGAGAAGGAGAGGAGGACAACUUGAGUUAUGCAGUUACAGUGACCAAACUAUAUGGAUAUGACAGCAUUCUAUUACUGAAAAGGGAGUCACGCGCAAGCUGCUUUGUGAUGAGGAAAUUAUGAGGAAGAUGCUAGCCGGGCUACGGGCAUCAUUGCAGGGGUAAAAGGUCUUGGACUGGAGUGAAUUGACAGCGGAGAAAGUCGGACGGCAGCUUUCUUGUGUUGAGCAUAGAGGUAAAACAGGUUGCAUUGUAGAACACGGCUCUUCGCAGAGUGAUUUCAUGGACACACUUGUCCAGGGUAGCAUAACGGGUACUGAUCACCUGAUUCUGUUCCUUGGAAAGAGGAAAAACAUGUGAAGUUAAGGCCAAAAAGAAGCAUUUAAAUGAAAUAAGGUUUCUUUCCACCGAAAGCAAUAUUGCAUUUUAUUAAAAAAAUAUUUUUUUCUGAAGCAACAUAAUGCAUAUCUUUAUGCGGAUGGAGUGACAAAAUUAAAUGUUCACCAUCAAGGAUCUUACUAUACUUGGAGUAAUUCAACUGUUUUGUUAUCAUAGAGGAUGGGGAUUAUAUCGAAUGUGUGCGACUGUAAUAUUCAUCAAGAGAGGGAUCAUUUGAAACACACGCGCUAAAAUCACCUUCAGAGGAAAUCGGGGUUUGUCUUGUCCAAUGCUUGCUUACACAUGCAAGGUUCAGUGAUUGCUGGAGCCUAGCUUCCUUGUGUGGGGGACCACUGUUGGAAAUAAGAAGUGAAGAACAAUUAAGCAGUUGCCAUGGACCUUAAGGUUUUUUACCUGUUGGCCGCUUUGGUUGUCUGCUUUUGGCUGGAUCCAGCUAUAGCUCAAGAGCUGAUCUACCCAAUAAGAGAAGAAUUGCAAGAGAAUACUCUUAUUGGAAACAUACCAAAGGAUCUGAAUCUUUCCCACACAAAUGCUGCCACUGGAGCAAGUGCGAAUCUGGUUUAUAGGUUGGUCUCUAAAGCCGGAGACAACCCUUUACUCAGAGUUUUAAGCAACACCGGGGAGAUCUUUACAACUUCCAACCGUAUUGACAGAGAGAGACUCUGCCCUGGCCCUUCCUAUGAGGAGAAUGAAUGUUCCUUUGAGAUUGAGGUGGUCAUCCUGCCAAAUGACUAUUUCAGAUUGAUUAAAAUUAAAAUUAUAGUCAAGGACACAAAUGACAAUGCCCCCAUGUUCCCAUCCCCUGUUAUAAACAUUUCCAUCCCAGAGAACUCUCUGAUUAAUAGCUUCGCUAUUCCCACAGCCACUGAUCCGGACACCGGCUUUAACAGUGUGCAGCACUAUGAGCUUUUGAAUGGACAGAAUUCUUUUGCCCUGGAUAUUGUUGAGACACCAGAUGGGGAAAAGUGGCCCCAGCUGAUCGUGCAGCAAAACUUGGACAGGGAGCAGAAGGACACCUAUGUGAUGAAGAUUAAGGUUGAGGACGGGGGCAGCCCCCAGAAGUCCAGCACAGCUAUCCUCCAGGUAACAGUCACUGAUGUGAAUGACAAUAGGCCUGUUUUUAAAGAAAGCCAAAUGGAAGUUCAUAUACCAGAGAAUUCCCCAGUGGGCACUUCUGUGGUCCAGUUGCAAGCCACAGAUGCUGAUAUUGGGUCCAACGCUGAAAUCAAAUACCUCUUCAGUACACAGGUCUCCCCAGCUACUAAGAGGCUGUUUGCAUUAAAUUCCACCACUGGCCUCAUCACAGUGCAGCAGCCUCUGGACAGAGAGGAGACGGCCAUCCACAAGCUAUCAAUGCUAGCCAGUGAUGGCAGCCAGAGUUCAGCUAGGGCUACGGUCACCAUUAAUGUGACAGAUGUGAAUGACAAUCCUCCAAACAUAGAUUUGAGGUACAUAAUCAGUCCCAUUAAUGGUACAGUGUACUUAUCUGAAAAAGAUCCCGUCAACACCAAGAUUGCACUAAUCACAGUGUCAGAUAAAGACACAGAUGUCAAUGGUAAAAUUAUUUGCUUUUUAGAGAAGGAUGUCCCCUUUCACCUUAAAGCUGUGUAUGACAACCAGUAUCUCCUGGAGACAUCCUCACUGCUAGAUUAUGAAGGCAUAAAAGAAUACAUAUUUAAAAUUGUUGCCUCUGACUCUGGUAAACCAAGUUUAAAUCAGACAGCCUUAGUGAGAGUCAGGCUAGAGGAUGAAAAUGACAACCCGCCCAUAUUUAGUCAGCCGGUUAUUGAGCUGUCAGUCAUGGAGAACAACAAACGUGGCUUGUUCCUCAUGACCAUCAGUGCCACAGAUGAAGACAGUGGUAAGAAUGCCGAGAUUGUUUACCAGUUGGGACCGAAUGCUUCUUUUUUUGACUUGGAUCGCAAAACAGGGGUUUUAACAGCGUCAAGAGUUUUCGAUCGGGAGGACCAGGAGAGGUUCCUGUUUACAGUGACAGCCAGAGACAACGGGACGCCUCCGCUUCAAAGCCAAGCUGCCGUAAUAAUCACUGUACAAGAUGAGAAUGACAACAGUCCCAAAUUCACCCACAACCACUUUCAGUUUUUUGUAUCAGAAAAUUUACCAAAGUACAGCACGGUAGGGGUGAUCACUGUCACUGAUACUGAUGCUGGAGAAAAUGCAGCUGUGACUCUCUCCAUAUUAAAUGACAAUGAGAACUUCAUCUUAGAUCCCUACUCUGGAGUUAUAAAGUCUAAUGUGUCCUUUGACAGGGAGCAGCAGAGCUCAUAUACCUUCGAUGUCAAGGCAGUUGACAAUGGGCGACCCCCCUGCUCAUCGUCUGCCAAGGUGACCAUAAAUGUCAUUGAUGUCAAUGAUAACACACCAGUGGUCAUUUAUCCGCCCUCAAAUACAUCUUUCAAGUUGGUGCCUUUCUCAGCGAUUCCUGGGUCUGUAGUUGCAGAGGUCUUUGCAGUGGACAGUGACACAGGUAUGAACGCUGAGCUGAAAUACACCAUUGUGAGUGGCAAUAACAAGGGCUUGUUCCGGAUUGACCCUGUGACAGGAAACAUCACCCUUGAAGAGAAGCCAGACAACACUGCUGUUGGCCUGCACCGACUAGUGGUCAACAUCAGUGAUCUGGGUUAUCCCAGGUCCCUACACACCUUGGUUUUGGUUUUCCUGUACGUGAAUGACACAGUGUGCAAUGCCACAUACAUUCAAGACCUCAUUCGCCGAACCAUGGAGACCCCCUUGGACAGAAACAUUGCUGACAGCAGCAAGACGUAUCAGGGAGGCGACAACCUGACAAUUAUGAUUGCUGUCCUGGCUGGGGCCAUGGUGGUGAUAGUGGUCAUAUUUGUCACUGUGCUGGUGCGUUGUCGUCACACGUCCAAGUUCAAAGCAGCCCAAAGGAAGAAGCAAGGAGUUGAAUGGAUGUCACCCAUUCAAGAGAACAAGCAGAACAAGAAAAAGAAGCGAAAGAAAAGGAAGUCCCCCAAAAAUUCCCUGUUGAACUUUGUCACCAUUGAAGAAACCAAACCCAACGAUCCCACUCACAAGCCCAUAAAUGGCACGAUAAGUCUCCCGACAGAGCUGGAGGAGCAGGGCAUAGGUCGGUUUGACUGGAAUGUGGUACCUACAACCACUUUUAAGCCCAUCAGCCCUGACCUAGCAAGGCACUAUAAAUCGGCCUCACCCCAGUCUGCUUUCCACCUCAAGGCCGACACCCCGGUGUCAGGGAAAAAACACCACAUUAUUCAGGAGCUUCCCCUGGAUAACACAUUUGUUGGGGGCUGUGAUACGCUCUCCAAACAAUCGUCCACUAGCUCAGACCACUUCAGUGCCUCUGAAUGCAGCUCCCAGGGUGGCUUCAAGACAAAGGGGUCCUUGCACACCAGACAGGUAAAGGGGCACUUUUACUGCUCUAUAAGUACUGCUUAUAAUUGCUCAAUAUACCAGUACUGAUGGGCCAGUAUAUCUUUUCCUGUUUUAUGGUCCUACAAGAAGGACUUUCCUUCUUUUUUAACUUCCCUUUAUUUCUUUUUCUAUAUAAGCAGUGAUAGCAAAAUUAUUUGAUGCGUCUACUGAUUUUUGAUUGAAGCCAUGCACAGUUUGUCAUCUGAUUUUCCGAACAUUGUUUUUUCUUUUAUUUUCAUUCAUAAAUGUGUUUUUAAGUCUUCUUUGCUCCCGGUUUAUUUACACAUCUCUAUGCACAUGAACUCUAUCUGCUUUUGUAGGCAACGAGAGACUUCUAGAAAAGCUUUGUUUUCAUAAUUCAUAUAAAAUGCAUUUUUUAUUAUAUCAUAAUUAUUAAUAUUGUGUUUCCUAAACAAUUAACACAAUUCUAAUUCACUCAUUUAAAACUGGAUAACUUAGAAAUCAUUACAAAUUUUGUAAAUACUUUAGCAGACAAAAGCAAUUUUUUUUGCAUGUGUUUUCAAUACACAAUUUGUUUGGUAUUUCUUUUUUUCUUUCUUUCUUUUUCUUUCACAAUUUCAUAUGCAGAUAUUUAACUUCAUUUGCCGGUGUUGUGCCAGCCUUUGUUUUGUUCAUAUUUCUGCUACCUCAACUAAACUGGUUAAGUAUGUUACCAGCAGAUCAUCUCGAUACUUGAGGCAAACUCAACUUAAAAAUAAUCAGGAAUUAUUGAAGCUCAAAUUUCAACAUAAUCCAAAACUGUGUCAAAGCCACUUACAAAUCAAAAUACAAUGUGUACUGUCUGAUAGGAUUCAGACAGAGCAGGAACAGAGGAAGCCUGUAGAUGGCACUGUUGCUUUUCCAGGUUCAGCGUGGCAUUCUGCACAAUGUCAGCUAUGUAAUGGGAGAAGAGGAAGAAACAGUUACUGACUGGAAUUCUGAGGUUUAAUGAUAGAGUAAAACCGAUUCAUCUGGCUGUCACCACUGUUGUUAAUAAGAUCUGACUGUUAUAGUGCAGGAUGCUGUGAGUUUUGCUGUUGUGUUGUUGUAAGUUGCCGAAACUAGGUUUGAAUUUAAGGUGUUCACGAAAGACAAAUGGAGCGUCUAACCUAAUUUUUAAGCAGAAUGAGAUGGGGAGUUCACCUUGUAGCAUGGCACAUGGAAUGUGAACUAAUGUGUAGUGGAUUUAUAAUCAGUGAGCAUGAUUUUUGGGGGUGUGUUAAAAGUAUCAAGUGUCAUGGGAUUUCUUUUGUUAGAUUAAUGUGUCCAAGGGGUUUUAGAGGCAAAAUAUGUGUGGUAUGCAGAAAUAAAUGCUGAGAACGUUUUCUCAUCUGAAAGCCUGAAUGAUAAUUUUUUGACUGAAUUAGCAAACUGGGAUUGUUCCCUACGUUAUAAUCUUCGGUAACCUGUCUGAAUAUUGUCAUACAGAUUGACUUAACAAGACAGAGCAAAUGUAUUUUAGGUUUCUGUAUUUCUUUGGAAAACAUGAUGUUUUGGCGCCUUUUUUAACAAUAGUGCUGUUUUUUUUUAUUAUUGAAUAUUAUUUCAGUACAAACUUUCUAUAUUUAAAACUUUUGAUCAUUAAGGGCCUGCAAUGAUCAGUUUCUGGGGAGUAUGGAGAGAGCGAGAAAGAGAGAGAGAGCAAAGGACAGGAGAUGUGAAUGAUAUUUCAGUCCUGAGAUGUGGAAUGGGCAGUAAACACUUCUGGGAAUUCCCAUUUGAAAGAUAUUGGGUCAAUAAAGGUUACUAUUAAACAAAAGGACAGAAAUGGCACAGAACAUAGUGACUCUGUCCGUCGGUUAUCUGAUGUGUUGGAUGGAUGUCUUAUCCCAACAGGAACUUUGUGGGACUGUAUGUUGUAGAUUUUUCAUUGUAAUUCCCCCUCUUGUGGGAAUCUUCGUUUUCUCCAGAUUAAUUUACUGUAUUAAAUAAGGAUUAGAAUGGAGCAGACUAGUAUGAUUGGAGGAUGUUGAAAAGAUUAAUGGGCUAUGACAAUAUUGCACCUGAGGCGAACGUCUUUUGCCAUACCUGUGGAGUAGCUCUGCUGUCAACUAAUUCACUAAAAUAAUUUUGGUCUGUGAUUUUGGAACAAUAUCAGUAUUUUUUUCUCUUUUACAGUACAUAUCCCUCUCAGAGUUUUUGUGUCUGUCCACCAGAUAUUAUUAUGUUGUUUCUUUAUAAUGCACACCAAAUGUCCCCCACAAUGUAAUAAAAACCUGUUAUUACCAGUUAUACUAUACUAAACAUGGUUUAAAGGAAACUAAUAUAUUAGUAUCAUUUAGAGCGUGUCAAAUGCUUAUUGAUGUACAAUGCAAUGCAGUGUGACCCGACCACGAUUCCAUUCAUAAUACCCAUUUAAAAGGACAACAAGCCCGAACAUCAGUAAGUUUUAUUACCAAAGCUAUAGGUAGUAAGUAACAGGCUAUAAUCUCUAAAUGAUCUUAUUUAGUGUGCACGCCACAAGUCUGAUAAAGGACAGGUAAGUAAGAAAAUGCAGCAGAGUUCAAAGAAAAUCUCAUAAUAACAAAAUAUUACAGGGCACAAACUGCUAUUUUAUGUUGUUUGCUAUUCAUAUUUGACAAUAUCACAUUUGGGUCUGGGUCAUUUAUAUAACAUGCACAGUUUCCAUACUUAUAUUUCAGUGUUCAGUGUUUUUUAAAAGAUUCAGCACUGUGUUGUCAUCAAUAUGUAUAAUAUUUUCUAAAGGAACAUUACUUUUGUUACUGGAGGAGCUUUGAGGGAUGUCAAGGGAGCUGUAUUAUAUUUGCCCCACAACCCUGCAAGUAUUGGGAAUUUAUCAGUGUUAGUCAAAAUGCAAUGGCCUUGCAGGCCUUCCUUUUUCCUGCAACAACUGUCUGCCAGCUUGCAUUCAAGAAAGGGAACAAAAACAUAGUGCUCUUGUCAUUCAUGUCCUUGAUAACAGUCCAUUUUAUCAUUUGUGUAUAUUAGAUAAAUAUAAGGUAUUCAUUUGUUUUUUAAAUAUUUGUCAUAUUCAGAUUCUAAAAAUAUGGGUUACUGUAGGCCAAGUUUGAGUAAUUAACUGCUUGUUAUGCAUACUACAAGUAUGUCUUCCACAGCAGUACUGCUGCUGCCUCUACUACUACUACUACUACUACUAAUAAUAAUAAUAGUAAUAAUGACAACAACGAUAACUAUUGUAAGUAAUGCUCAAUUUUUUAUUGAAAUUUCUCUUAUAGAUUCUUCUGUAUCUAAACCUGUUCAGCAUCUCUUAUGAACUCUUAUAUUAGCUGACUGAGCUAUGCUCUGAAAUAUUUGCAAGGCCAUGAGUAUGGGAAGUUUCUCAGAACUCUCCAAGAAGACAACUGUUAGCCUUGUAACUAAUGACCAAACUAAUUACUAAACGCCAAUACUUUUUCCACACAUGGAAAAUAGCCUUAUUUCUAGCUGAGGUGUAGUGAAAAGAAAACUUACUCUGUCAAAAGACUCAGAAGGUUCCAUUGAAAUUUUACAAAAAAAAAAUUUUCCCAUUUUUUUCUGAUCACCUGGUUCAGUCCUCCAUGUGUAUUAUGUAAAUGUCCUUUGAAUGACAUACAGUUGUGUUCACUUUUGGUCUGUGAAAUUGGGCAUGUCCACCUGUAUAUGUCAAAAUGGCCCCAAAUAGCCCCCACAAUAUAAUAAAAACCUGUUAUUUUCACAUUGUGGGGACCAUUUUUCAGGUUCCUACAAAGAUCUGUGAAUGCAAUGAGAAAAUUAAAAAUGCCAAAAGUCUUGUAUUUUUGAUUACUUAUGAUAAGGUUAUUGCUGUGUAGGGGUCAAGGUCAUUUUAGUGUUUUCCCCAAAGAAAUGAAUGGAGAGUCCCCGCAAAGAUAUAAUUACAAACCUGUGUGUGUGUGUGUGUGUGUGUGUGUGUGUCUGUGCAUGUGUGGCAUUCAAUGAAAUGAUGAAUUCAUAAAUCAGGUGCUGUUGUGACAUGCAUUGGCAAUUUUCGACAUAUUUAUACUUAAUGUGCGAAUACUGUAGCUAUAAAAGAUAAUGUAAUGUACUUUUAUCUCAGUAAGACAUUUCAGAAACAUUCAGGGGCGUCAGAAGCAUUUUGAA